CUUCGGUGCGGCGUUUGUUUUGAUCGGAAGCCUUUGAGCUUCCGAGGUUUUGAUGCUUGAGCCGCUGGGCUCCCCAGCCGCUCAAGCAUGCUGAAGCCGGCAUGUGCUCCCUCCUCCGAUGACCCUUCGGGGUUAUUCGGUUUCCUCCGAUGACCCUUUGGGGUUAUUUGGUUUCCUCCGAUGACCUUUCGGGGUUUGUCGGUUUCUGGGUCCCUUUCCGAUCUGGCGACCCUCAGCUUUCCUGUAGAUCUUGGGAGGUGCUCGCUGUUUUUCCAAUUCUGGCCACCGUCGGACUGGAUCUCUGCCGCGGCGUCCUGGAGAUCUUGUGCCAUCCUCUCCGGAGUAGUUUGAAGGGUGUCCCAUGGCUGGAUCAGUCGACCUCAGGUUGCUCGAGUGAUUUCACCUCUCUUCCUCCCAUGGCCUCUCAUGCCGUAUGGCAGUUUCUUAAUGAACCGUCUCACGAAAAUGCCUCAGCCAAGGACGAUCGCCCUCUUCUCAAGCAUGAAUCCCCAAUGCCGGUAUCCACUGAGACUAUCCAGGAGGUGGAGAAGAAAUGUGCUGCAUAUGUGCGGAACGAUGUCUACGGUCCAAUGGGACGAGGCGAGCUGCCGUUGAAGGAGAAGCUCCUACUCGUAAUCGCGCUCCUGACUCUGCUUCCUAUACGCAUCAUUCUGGCGAUGACUAUAUUGGUCCUCUAUUACUUGAUUUGUCGGAUUUGCACUCUUUUCUCAAUGCCGAACCGAGAGGACGAGCAGGGAGACUCCGCGCACCUACGCGGGUGGAGGCGAGCGGUGAUCGUUCAUUCCGGGAGGUUUCUGGCUAGGCUUAUGCUUUUCGUGUUUGGAUUUUAUUGGAUAAGUAGCGACGAUAAAUCAACAAGUGAGAAUCAGAGCCAGGAUCAAUCAGAAGAAGUGGAAAGACCUGGAGCAAUAAUUUGUAAUCAUGUUUCCUAUAUAGAUAUAUUGUAUCAUAUGUCUUCUUCUUUCUCGAGCUUUGUCGCUAAUAGAUCAGUGGCUAAACUUCCAUUUGUUGGCCUCAUUAGCAAGUGCCUUGGUUGCAUCUUUGUUCAAAGGGAGUCAAAAUCUUCCGACUUCAAGGGUGUUUCAGGCGUUGUGGCUGAGAGAGUUCGUGAAGCACAUCAAAAUAAAAUUGCUCCAAUGAUGAUGCUUUUUCCAGAAGGCACAAUUACAAAUGGAAGUUACCUUCUUCCUUUCAAGACAGGUGCCUUUCUGGCAAGAGUGCCUGUGCUUCCAGUCAUAUUAAGAUAUCCAUACCAAAGAUUCAGUCCUGCCUGGGAUUCAAUCUCUGGGGCAAGUAUUUUUUAAGCAAAUUCAUGAUUUAAUGGCUUUAGAUAAUAAAUUUAUUUUUGUGCCUUUAGUAUAAUAGCUGCUGAAUCUCAGGAGUUGAAUGUUGGGUAAACUGGUACGACAUGUGAUUUUUCUCCUCUGUCAAUUUAUUAAUUACAUAGAAGUGACAAGGUUACCCGUCUACUACCCAUCGCAAGAAGAGAAGGAUGAUUCAAAACUUUAUGCUAAUAAUGUCCGCAGAUUAAUGGCUAAGGAGGUAUGCAUUGCCUGUUACUUUUCUUCCCUGAAAGAUUUAUGUAUCAGUUACUGAGAUGGAUUCAUUGUAAUAUCGUUAAUUGUUUUCAUUUUUUCAGCAAUAUUGUUACCAUGGAUGAUUCUUUUAUAUAAUAGAAUGGAAUGCCUCCA